AGCUCGGCGCAGGCGCACGGCUCUUAGGGAGGCCGUUCCUGUAGCUUAGCGAUAUCAUAAAGUUUCUUUUUUUUUUUUUUGAGGAGGGAAGGGGAGGAAAGAGCGAAGCCGAAGCGCUGUGAAGGAAAAGAGGGCGGGACGGCGCCGAGAACGGAGCGAAGCAGUGGCUGCUCUGCUUGCCCCGGAGGCUUCGCGGGAGCCAGGACCGGCUGGGCCGAAGCGGCUCUUCCCGCCCAUUUACUGCGCCCGGCAAAGGAUCGCGCUGCUCCGGUGGAAGCGGACGGCUGUGCCGGCGGGAGAAACGGGCGAAGUGUAAUGUUCAGGUUCAGAAAUGCCUUAUGUGGAUCGUCAAAAUCGUAUUUGUGGUUUUUUAGAUAUUGAAGAAAAUGAAAACAGUGGUAAAUUUCUACGGAGAUAUUUCAUACUGGAUACAAAAGAAGAUAAUUUGGUAUGGUAUAUGGAUAAUCCACAGAACCUCCCCUCUGGAUCUCCACCCGUUGGAUCCAUUAAGCUUACUUACAUUUCAAAGGUAAGUGAUGCAACUAAACUGAGGCCAAAGGCAGAAUUCUGUUUUGUCAUGAAUGCAGGAAUGAGGAAAUACUUUUUACAAGCCAAUGAUCAGCAAGACUUAGUUGAAUGGGUAAAUGUUCUGAACAAAGCUACCAAAAUCACAGUACCAAAGCAGGCUGACUCAUUGUGUCAUACUGAUAAUGCAUUGCGUCAUUCUGAAAAUUUGGGAAUAAGAAAACAGAUGUCUUACAGAACAGAAAUUGUUGGAGGUGUUCCCAUAAUCACUCCUACUCAGAAAGAAGAGAGAAAUGAAUCUGGUGAAACUGAUAAAAGCUACUUGAAACGGUCCCAAAGCCAUCUUCCAUACUUUACUACUAAGUAUCCUCCAGACAAUCCCGUUAUCAAAGCAGGUUAUUGUGUUAAACAGGGAGCAGUGAUGAAGAACUGGAAAAGAAGGUAUUUCCAGCUUGAUGAAAACUCAAUUGGCUAUUUUAAGUCAGAACUGGAUAAGGAGCCUCUUCGGAUUAUACCACUGAAAGAAGUUCAUAAAGUCCAAGAAUGUAAACAAAGUGAUAUUAUGAUGAGAGACAAUCUUUUUGAAAUUGUAACAACUUCUCGAACAUUUUAUGUACAAGCCGAUAGCCCAGAAGACAUGCAUAGUUGGAUUAAAGCCAUUUCUGGUGCAAUAGUAGCCCAACGGGGACCUGGAAGAUCAGCAGCUUCCAUGCGGCAGGCCAGAAGGCUGUCGAAUCCUUGUAUACAGAGGUAUACAUCAAGAACUGGUGAAUGCAGCACGAGCAUUCCAGCUGUUCAGAAUCCAAAUGUCCUACAAAAACAGCAGCAGCCACCUCACAUUCCACAACCGCUCACCGCCCCACUUUGGUCCAAACCCUUAACAGCAAACCCCCUGUCUUGGAGAAGCGAAGAUUUCAUGAAUCUUUUACCACGGCCAAAUCAGGGAGCUUCAAGAUCCAGGCUGUCCCUUCAAGAAACUCAACUUCCAAAGUGACUCUGCAAGGCCUAUUGGAACCUCAAAGUAAAAAUGGCACUCAGGAACCGGAUCCUGAUCCAGUGGAUCUGGAUGAUGCAAGCCUUCCAGUUAGUGAUGUGUAAUGAUGGGGAAGAGUCUGGAAAAUUAAGAAUUGUUUUGGUCCUUGAAUUUCCUUUCUCAGACUUUUAGCCAAAGAUAGAAAGAACAAAACAUAGAACGUUGCUUAUGUUGACCUUUGUGUAUGCAUACAUUCAAAAUUUUGUAUGUUUUAAUAGUUAUAUGCUGCCUUGCACUGUGUAUCAGAGCAGACUUUUUGCUUUUUCUGUACCCUGAAGACAAAUCUUUUUGAUAGGAAGGGGCCGAAAGAUGAUACUUGAUCUAAAAAUUAUUUAAGCAAGGUACCAGCUGUUCUUCAUCAGUUUAGCAAAACUGAAAAAAAACACCCUUAAUGCUAUUUUUUUAAAGCCAAUUUACAGCUUAAUGAUCUUGUAAUUCAGGCUAUUGUCAACCAAAUCGGCUUAUUUUCUAAAAAUACUGGCACAGGUUUUUGGGGCAUCUAUGUAUACAGUGUUCUUUGAUUGUCAGGACUGCAGAGUGUAACAGUAGAGGCAAUGUAAUGCACUUUUCCUAUGCAAAGAGAUUUUCCAUGUUAAGAAUAUUUCAUGUUAAGAAAUUAAGAAAAACACCAUGCUGCAGUAUCUAAAAUGAGGUAUGUUUUCCUUACAAUGAAUGCUUAGAUUUGAGCAAUCUAUGUAUUCAAGGCACAAAAACUGCUCAUAACAAAUAUAAUAUUUGUUAAAGUACAAUAAGUGAGAAUCUCUAUGAGAAAAGAAAGCUUAUAAGAAAGGCCCACAGAUUAUUUACAGUAAUCUAAAUGUGCUGACUUAAUUGGAUCUUCUGAUAAAUGCUUUGUAAAUCACUGCCCUUCCAUAGAAUCCAAAUCCUUUAGAAUUACAGAAAACUGGUGCUGUAAAAUUUACAUUAUCAUAAUACAGCUAUUUUGAAUAUUAAACCUAUUUUUGAUGCACUCCUAAAGGUAAAUUGUAACUUUUGCACAUUUGGAUAUUGAUGGACCACCAAAAUAAAGGUAUUAUGUAGAUUUUUUAAAAAAACUAGGGAACAUAAACUAUUAAAUCUUUUAAAGAUUUAAUGAAAUAUUUUAUAAUGGGCUUUGCAGUAAUUAUUUAAAACAAUUGUUCCAAAUUUUGUUUUCUCUUGUGUGAUCUCCCCUCUCCUCCCUGCUUCAGUGAGUUGUAACUGGUUCCCAUUUUAUAUUUGGUCAGUAAAAGACUGAACAAACUCUGCUUCAUGCUAUUAAUUGGUACUGAAUUAUUCCAUCAUGCAACUGUGGCCUGUAACUUCUGUGCACUGUAUUUAUUAAAAGUGCCUGUGGGUUCUUUCUUCAUGAUACGUUAAAAGUUUGGGGGUUAAAUAGAUUUAUUUUUCUGGUUUUGAGCCUUGUGUGAUAUGGUUCAGCAUGUGUAUCAGGUGAAAUGCUUAUGCAGUUUCCAGCAUGCCAGUAUCUGAGUUGUGCAUAAUGAUUUUCAAACUGGAAAUUUGUUCAGUUCAGUGACAAUAAUAGGCUUAAAAAGCUGAUGCUGGAUAAUUGAUCAAAAAGAGAAUGCACUAUUUUAUAGGCAGGUAGUGAAAAAAAUCUGUUUAAUCAACAAAAGGCCCAAAGUUUCACAUGCUGCUUCUUUAUGCAAUUUAUACUUUCCAUUGUAUAAUAUUUUGUGUAUGUUAUGCUUGAGAAAUUCUAAAGCAUGAAUGGAGAUAUUUAAGCAAAAAAAUCCUCCACUAUUCCAGUGAACUAGGCGUUCUUUUGACUUAUGUCUUAGUGGAGCAAAAGCCAAAAUUUUCAAAUUAGUUGAAAGGGAUGUUCCAUUAAGUUAAGAGCAGUAGUGUGUUGUUCCCUUCAAAUUUCCACUACUGUCUUUAAAAAAAAAGAAAGAAAGAAAGAGGAUGAUUCUACAACUGUCUCCAUUUCAGGGAGGAUAUAUAGAUUUUUACUAAGCUGACUAGAUUGUACAUAUUGUCACAGCUUUUAAAAGAUAUUCUAAUUUUAAAAAUACUUGUUACUUGCUUGCAUAAAUUAUAGUAGCAAUGGGAGCAAGAAACCUUUUAUUUUAUCCUAUUAGAGAACUUCAGUUAGACCAGUGGUUCUUAAAUGGGUGUGUAUUGGGGGGAGGUAAUUUUCCCCAAGUGGGUAGUUGAGAGUAAUGAAGCAAUUUGUAACUGCAUGUUUGUGAGUCAAGGAUCCAGUUUGGGACUGAAGAUGCCAAGAUGUCUGUGUAAAACAACAGCCUGGAUUUUUUGGGGGUGGGUGGGGAUAGUGACAUUACUUGGAAGAGGAAUAAUUGAAUCAAACAGUUUAAGAACCGUUGAGUUAAGCAAUGACCAGCACAUUCCUGCUUUUAUUAGAUUUUUAUCCUGCUUUUAUUACUUUUAUAAGUAACUCAAGGUGGUGAACAUACCUAAUACUCCUGUCUCUUCCUCUUUUCCCCAAUAAUAACAACUUUAAGUGGGUUGGGCUGAGAGAAUAAAUGGCCCAUACCUGCUUUCCGUGUGCCAUAUGUAUAAAAUAGGGUGUUUAGAGUAAUACAAGAAGUCCAAUUAUGUGUUUAUUUCCAUGUAUAUAUCCUAUUUUGUACACCCAACUCUUCUACAAUUAUGAGCCUGGGUGGACCUGCAUUUUGAAACAUGACAUUAUUAUUUACAUUUCAUUUGUCCUUCCUAAUGCUUAAGUGUUUGAUUUAUGGUCCUUUUAACUACCUUUAACUAUAUAGUCUCUAGCUCCCAAAUGAAUUUCCCCAGAUAUAACUUCCCCACAAAAUCUUGAUCUCAGGCUUUUAUAUUUGCAAGAAGAAUCAUUUGGCACUUGUAAAAGAGAACAUUUUUGCCAUCCUAUUUUGUUUCUGCACAUAAACUCAAAAGACAUAGGUAUUUUAUAUCACUGACAAACUGAAUCAGUCACUUUCCAGCUUUUUCAUUAAAUUUGUCUCAUAGGGAAUUUUCACUGUUGUUCCCACUUAGCUACAAUUCUGUUUGCCAUCCAAUAAACAGUUUGGAUCACAGCUAUUGUGAUUGUGGAAAUUUGCUGAAUAACUUGUCUUUCAAGAAUACAUCUAUUGUUAAAUAUACUAACUACAUUUAUAAAAACUUAUGUGGAUCAAAUCUGUAGAUGUUAAAAACUGAAAUAAAAAAGGA